GGGGGUGUGGCCGCAGUGAAGUGGCCUGGUUUGGGGACCUCCUGCAGAGGGUGCGAGAGAUGGUGUGUGAGACUGGUGUGUGUGCGGGAGAGAGCGUCAGGCUGUGACACCGUGGGGGGACGCAGGUGUGACCUGGGAUGGGGAGCAGGGACUACAUGUUGCGGGUGACCUCUGGCUGUGUCUGCAGUGUGUGUGUCUCCGCGCGCGUGCACGUGGUGGGCGUUGGACUGUUCAUGGGACUUUUCCCAUGUGACACAGAUUGUGUGACUGUGGACAGCUCUGCGCUUGGGGCUCGUGUGAGCGUGUGGCUGUGUGGAUGACCAGUGAUGGCUCUGCCCGAGGAUUAGGUGUGUGUGGUGUGCGCUGUGCAGUCUUCUGCUAGUGGCACAGCGCGUUCAGGGGUGUGGGGUGGCACUGGGUCAGGACAAGUGCCUGCUGCUGACUUUCUGGUUGUGUGUCCCUGUGAUUGUGCAUAGGCCACCCGUGGCUGUCUGGAGGCUGGGCUGUGCCAUGGGAUGGUGUGUGAAAACGGGCCGGGUGAGUGAGGUGCGGAGGUGUGUGUAGAGAGAGGUGGGGUGGUGUGACCUGGGCUGGCGGUGUGCAGGGGAGACCUCAGGGUGGGGCUAAGUGUGAGGGAUGGAGCCAGGUGUGGUGGAGCCUGCUUGUGAUCUGAGCAUUCAGAAGGCUGAGGCAGGCAGACUUCAAGUUUCAGGACAGCCUGGGGUACAUAGCGAGACCAUGUCUCAAAAUAAUAAUAAAAAGAGAUAGGGAGGAACACCUGAGUGAUGCACGGCUGGGAUUCUCCAUGCGGGUGACAGGUGUCCAACUGUGCAGCGAUGUGUGGUGCCGCGGGACAUUGUUCCGUGGGGUGAAUAGUGGUGGUAGCUGUCAGGGUGGCUCCUAAUGACUGUGUGUGCCAUUUACGCAGCCUGUGUGAGGUGUGGCACACGCACUUCUACAGAAAGGGCCUUGGUUCCCCACAGUACCUGCCUUACAGCGAUUCCACUUAGACUUCCAGUGUGAUGACGGUGUGGGAGUGAGGUGUGUUCACUAGGAACUGUACUCCAAUGGUGAAUUUCAGUCUUUUCCCAGCCACCAAUAUGUGCCACAGUCAUUUCUCCUGAUGCCAGGCAGUGGUCACGACAGCAGCUCCCAUCCACCCCUGCAUCCUGAGGGGAAACAAUGAAGAUGGUGCAUUUUCAGCCUCAGAUAUUUUCAGCUCCCGUGGGGCUGUGGGUACGGGAUCCACAGCAGUUGAGGAGCACGUGUACAGACACACACACACCUGCGCACAGGGAGCCAGUGGUGGCUACCAAUGGUCUGCAGCGGGACACACGGGAUCCCCUGCAACAGCAUAAGGGAGCCCGAGUUCCACCCAUUUGCACAUCCAUACAUGUAUACCUGUGUGUUCACGGGGUAAGUGUGUGAGUCCCUGCUGGCCAGGCCUGGGUGGAGAGGAUGGGUGUUAGAGGAAAUGGGGAAGUGCACAGGUGUGUUUUUUUUCCCCUCAAGAUGUUGUUUCUGACAGGAAAAUGUCUGUGUUGCAUUAGGUUGUAUUUCUGGAAGGAAAACGUGGAGGUACAUCAGUGUUUGUGUUGAGCUGUUGUUGUUUUAAAGUCCUAGGAAUUGAAUCCAGGACCUGGCAUCUGCUAGGCAAUCACUCUACCCUGCAGUUACAUCUCCACCCCUUUUGCUUUUUGGGAUAGGAUCUCCAUAAUUUGCCUGAGCUGGGUUUGAAUUUGUAAUCUUCCUGCCUCAGCCUUCCAAGUAGCUGACAUAAUAGGCAAGCGCCACCACACCCAACAUUGAGCUGUAUUUUUUGUUUGUUUUUUGUUGUUUUUUGAGACAGGGUUUCAUUAUGUAGUUUAAGUUGGCCUCGGAUUCACUAUGACUCCAGGCUGGCAUUGAACUCAUGGUGAUUCUCCUGCCUCAGCCUCCCAAGUGCUAGAGUUACAGGUGUGCACCACUGUGUCUGGCUAAGAGCUGUAUUUUCUUUGGUACUGGGAUCGAACUCAGGUCCUUGCGCCUGCACAGCAGGCGGUGAAACCACUGAGCUAAAUCCCCGGCCCAAGAGCUGUAUUUUUAGGAGAAGAAAGUAUGGGUGUGUUGUUAUUCGUAAGACAAGAAUGUGUAUUAUGUUGAACUUCUAAUAAGGGAAAGUAAGAAAAGGUGUGUGUGGUACUGUAUUUAUAAAAAGGAAGUGUGCAUGUGUAUGUGAGUUGUAUUUCUGAGAGAUGUGUGUUCUGUUGUCUCUUUAAGAGGGUAUGUGUCUGUGUGUCUGAGGAGUGUGGGUACCAUUGAGGACGCCAGAGGUACCCUAGCUACGAAUCUGACCAGGUCACCCAUGCACAGCCACGCAAAAUCCCUCCUGUGGGACCUCCACCCAGUACCAGGCUUCAGACCUUCAACUAUGACAUCCGUGGGCCACACGUGUGUCCUAACAGGCCCUGGGCUGGUGGAGGGUGGAGCCCCUGUGUCCUCAGGAGCUGUCAUGCCCACAGCACAAGGGCCUCUGCCUGUCCCUUAACCCAGAAGCUCCCGGCUUCCGGUGCCCAGGCCCUGGCCCUCUCCUCAGCCCCACCCGCCCCCAGUGGCUUGACUGGUUCCCAACAAAAACACCCUAAGAUGAGCUCACAGGGCGAGAGGCGGCCGCCUCCACUUGCCCCGCCCCGCACGCCCAGCGCCCAGGGGAGGAAGCACCGCCCCUCCGCCCUCCCGGAGCUCUGGGCCAGGGCGUCUGGGGACCUGGGGGUGGGGAGGGCCGGCCAGGUGGGCUGGGGCCGGGGAGGCACCAGGAGCUAGCUGCUUGCGCUCUUGGGUUAAUCCCAUAUAGUAAGAGUUUGGAGCUGUGGUGGGGCAGAGCCGUGGGUCCCCAGGAAAAACUCAGGUCCGUGCCAUGUCCGUGCAGGUGGCAGCCCCGGGGGGUGCGGGGCUGGGCCCCGAGCGCCUGCCUCCGGAGGAGCUGGUGCGGCAGACGCGGCAGGUGGUGCAGGGGCUGGAGGCGCUUCGGGCGGAACACCACAGCCUGGCGGGGCACCUGGGUGAGGCGCUGGCCGGACAGGGCCCCGUGGCCGGCUUGGAGCUGCUGGAAGAGAAGCAGCAGGUGGUGAGCCACUCGCUGGAGGCCAUUGAGCUGGGGCUGGGAGAGGCCCAGGUGCUGCUGGCCCUGUCUGCGCACGUGGGCUCACUGGAGGCCGAGAAGCAGCGGCUGCGGGCACAGGCCAGGAGGCUGGUUCAGGAGAACACGUGGCUGCGUGAGGAGCUGCAGGAGACCCGACAGCGGCUGUGGGCCAGCGAGGCAGCCGUGGCCCAGCUGGAGGAGGAGAAGAGCCACCUCCAGUUCCUGGGGCAGCUGCGGCAAUAUGACCCCCCUGAGGAGAGCCAGCGGCCGGACUCCCCCCCUCGCCGAGACAGCCUGGCUUCCCUGUUCCCCAGUGAGGAGGAGGAGCACAAAGGUCCCGAGGCAGCAGGGGUGGCAGCAGCCCAGCAGGGUGGCUACGAGAUCCCUGCUCGGCUGCGGACCCUGCAUAACCUCGUGAUCCAGUACGCGGGCCAGCACCGCUACGAGGUCGCCGUGCCUCUGUGCCGCCAGGCCUUGGAGGACCUGGAACGCAGCUCAGGCCACUGCCACCCUGACGUGGCCACCAUGCUCAACAUCCUGGCCCUGGUGUACCGGGACCAGAACAAGUACAAGGAAGCCACAGACCUUCUCCAUGAUGCCCUGCAGAUCCGGGAGCAGACGCUGGGCCCCGAGCACCCCGCGGUGGCCGCCACCCUCAACAACCUGGCGGUCCUGUAUGGGAAGCGCGGGCGGUACCGGGAGGCGGAGCCCCUGUGCCAGCGCGCCUUGGAGAUCCGGGAGAAGGUCCUGGGCGCUGAUCACCCAGAUGUGGCCAAGCAGCUCAACAACCUGGCCCUGCUCUGCCAGAACCAGGGCAAGUUUGAGGACGUGGAGCGACACUAUGCACGGGCCCUGAGCAUUUACGAGGCCCUGGGGGGCCCCAACGACCCCAAUGUGGCCAAGACCAAGAACAACCUGGCCUCCGCCUACCUGAAGCAGAGCAAGUACCAGCAGGCUGAGGAGCUGUACAAGGAGAUCCUCCGCCCAGAGGACCUGCACAGCCCGCUCGGUGAGCCACACCCUCCCUGUCGCCUCCCAGGGGCUUCUGCGCUGUGUCCUCCCCUCACAUCCCCAUCUGUCCCCCCAGGAGCCCCUGGCACAGGCACAGCUGGUGAUAUGAAACAGCAGGCCCUUCCUCGGAGCAGCUCAUUCUCCAAGCUACGGGAGUCCAUCCGGCGGGGCAGUGAGAAGCUGGUCUCCCGACUCCGAGGCGAGGGCCUGGCAGGGGCGGCCGGGAUGAAGAGAGCCUUGUCACUCAACGUGCUGAACAUGGAUGGGCAGAGAGCUCUGGGGACUCAGCUCCCCAGCCGGCCCUUGGGCGAGGCCUCUCGGACCUUCAGUGCCAGCACCCAGGACCUGAGCCCCCACUGAGGUGGACAGGACCAAAUCGCUGUGACCUCUCAGGAAGAGGCGGGAGGGCGGGGACAUCCAGCUCUCAUACACUCUGACACCCCACCUGGGCCCCGUGGAGUGGGCUUCCCAACUUCCUCCCCUCCUGUGAUUAAAUUCUGUAGAUGUGACAGUGAA